GGAGAAGAAGAGAGAGAACGCCUGCAGAAAGAAAGAGAAGAAGAGAGAGAACGCCUGCAGAAAGAGAGAGAAGAAGAGAGAGAACGCCUGCAGAAAGAGAUAGAAGAGGUGAAAGGAAGAGUGACAACACAGAUGGAAGGAAACACGGAGCUUGUGGAGGAGCAGAGAGAGAGUCUGAACCAGGAGAAGAAGAGAUUGAAGGAGCAGGCGGACGAGGAAAGGAAGAGAUUGAAGGAGCAGGCGGACGAGGAAAGGAAGAGAUUGAAGGAGCAGGCGGACGAGGAAAGGAGGAGAUUGAAGGAGCAGGUGAAGAAGGCGAUAGAAGAGGUGAUGAGGAAACAUGCAGCUGAGCUCCACAACGCCCAGGAAGCACUGAGGACAAACCAAGAGCAGGUGUGUGUACGUGUGCAGGAGGACAGGAGGAGUGGUGAAGAGGUGUGUCGAAGGCUGGAGACUGAGAGGGAGGAGCUUAGAGACCAGCUGCAGCAGGCAACCAAUCAGAUCUGGCGUUUGGAAGGAGUCAUUCAGCAGCAAAGUCAGGGGGUGUGGCCUCUGAAACUCCUCCCACCUGCGGAAUCCACUGUUCCCACCUCCGAGAGGAUCUACAGCACAUACAGGAAGAGAUGGAGCAACAGAGAGAGAGUUACGAGAGGGAGAUGACAGGUCUGAGAACAGACAAACAGAGACUGGAGGAGAAGGUUCUAGAGCUCAACCAACAGACCCAAGGGAACACAGACAGAAACGUUCUAGAACACAACCAAGAGAACACUGACAGAAACGUUCUAGAACACAACCAAGAGAACACUGACAGAAACGUUCCAGAACACAACCAAGAGAACA